AGUAGCGGGAGUAUCUGAUUAGAGGAUGCUCUCUUGCUGACUGUUUUAUGUUGCAAACAGAAGCAUCAACUUAAAAAAUUGCAGGAAGCUAUUUACUGAUAAGAGAUAUUAAUAGAUCACUUACUUUGAAGGCCGCGUAUUUUUUACGAUAAAUGAAGAGACACGAAGAUCUGUUGUCUGGUGUAAAAUUAAUGGAAACCCCUGGUAUACAUAGUGUGAGAUGAUCUGCUGUAUUGUUUACGUUAUUUACUUAGUACCUGUAGUGUAAUAUUUGCUGCCGUUGUGGGAGUUAUUAUAUAACUAUGUGUCAGGAUUACCUAACAAUUUAGUAAUAGUUUCAGUACCUAGAAUAUCUUGUACUGACGGAAUAUAGCAAUCAGCAGAAUUAAGAAGUACAGUGAAGCUUGAUAAAGACAAUGGAUUACAUUAAUUUGACAAUAUUAACAGCGCUUUACUUUGGACCUGGUGUUCUCGGUAAAGCAAUAGAACAUAUAUUUGUGAGUGGAUGUACUGAUGAGGAAAUGAGUAUAAAAUGUCCUGAUAACCAUAAGAUUGCCGUUAAAAGGUUAUUCUAUGGUGUUAAAGAAGACAGACGAUGUGGAUUGAGAGGACGACAGUAUAUGGCGGACUGCUGUAUUCGUACACAUUCAGAUUGUAUUGUAAUGAAUGAAAGAGAAUAUGGGAAGUUAAAUUCCUAUUGUUCCGGUUUUCCUGAGUGUUCCUAUAAUGUCACUGUAAAGAGUGCAGUAGAUGCCUGUCCUGAAAUGUCUCACAAGUACACAGAUUACAUGACUAUUAUUUAUGAUUGUAUACCAGACGAUGAUGUAGUUAAGUUUUGCAGACCUAGUGAGAGGACAGCAAAGUCAGUUUACUUGGCAAAUUCAAAAUAUCCAUACCCAGAGAAUUCAUUACACAAAAAAUCAUGUCAGUGUUCGGUCAGAUCCGGACUCGCCAAUGGGAUAACUAUUGAAGCUAUUGAUAUUAUGAUAAGGAAAAGCAAAGAUAAAUGCCAUCAUGCAUUUCGUAUCCAUGACUCUUAUGGAAUUUACCGUCAUAUUACCUGUGGACAGGAAGGUCUCUAUGGUUACCGGUCAGUGUAUGAAAGAAUGGUAGCAAACGUCACAUUAACGUUAGAUAUAGGCACAAAAGGAAAAUGUUUUGUCUGGAUACAUAUCAAAGUUCAAAAACCUGAGGAUUAUUUGAUUGUUUCAUGUGAAGGUGAUCCUACAGCACCAGAAGGUUCAGUGCUGCCACCUAUUGCGCCAGAUGCAUCUGUACUGCCACCUACGUCAUACAAUGAUACGUCUGCAGAAGUCGUCAGUCAAGGGCAAAUAAAUCUCAUUCCAGAUAUGGUAGCUAUUAUUGGAGGUAUAUGUGCAGCGUCAGCACUCAUCCUAGUUAUCUGUAUAGUAGCUAUUGCUGUUCAUUGUACAAGAAUAAGAGAACAAGGCAGCCCUAAAACUUCAGGACCAGUCAUCUCUUCUCCCGUUCUUAUUACUAAAAAGUAUGAUGGUGAAAAAGAAACCGAGAGAUUCAAUUAUGACGAAGAAAGGUAUUGUUCGAUAAAACGAAAUCCAAUUAAAAUGACAAAAUAUACUGAUCUUGAUGCAGAGAAAGAUAAACAAUUAAAAGAAGCGUUCCUUCAAGGCACCGAGUCUGAGGCAAAACUUCCGGAUGAUUCAUUGUCGAAUACCAACUUGGCUCCGUCUGAAAGUCCUGAACUUCCAUAUAUAAUAGACCCUCCAGUACCGUAUCAAUGCAUGGCAGACGAUAGAUAUUUUACGAUGAAUCCACAAAAACCUCAAGCAGAGGUCGCUCAAAUAAGAGUUACUUCAUCGUUACCACACAGAGGAAAGAAGGCAAAAAAUAAGGACAAAAGUGUAACAUUUUCCCCUGUUGCUAUGGUAACUCCAUUUCCAUAUGGUUCCGAUGAAUCCGUUGGUUCAAAUGGAGAGAAAAAUAUUGCUAAUAUAAUUGACAGCUAUCAGAAUCUCCACACAAAAGCAGCAUCACCAGACAUAAGUAAAUUCCGUAAAGUUGUCAUUCUACCUCCCACAGCUGAGGAUGUCGAACCUCCUCCUUACCAGUGCCCAGAUCGAAAGGAAAUGGCAGAGGUGGAAGCAUUGUGGAAAUCAUUACAAGACACUACAACCAUGGAUGAUGGUGCCUAUGACAAUAUUGACUACCUCUUAUCGCAAAAUAAAGCAAAGCAUAAUCAAAAUAAAAUAGAAUCAGGAGUUUAGUAUGUAUAAUACAAUGCCUUUUGAAAAGGAAAUCGUAAAACUGGCGACAUUAUACAAACAAGGUGAGUGUCGGACUAUCAUAGCUUAAGGAUGCAUUUCUGUUCAAUGUGAAACCCUGGUCAAUGAUACAAGACCGGUACUGUGAAUUUGUAAUGUACUGAAAAUGUGAGAAAUAAAGUGUAUAUAGACCAAAAUAAUCCUAUGCACUUACAAUAUAUUGUUAAACUACUUUGCUACUUUACGUAACUUGAUUAUCAUUUAUUUAUU